AUGCUUCGACGCCUUGCCCUGAUCCUCUCCCUCUCCUCUCUCUCCUCCCUUUCUCAUUCCAAACCCAUUACCGCUGAGGCUGCCAACGCUGGAGCUGCGUCCAACUCAGCGGCCAGCCAAGGAAAACUCUCAACCGAGGGCUCUACAACCUACGAUGGCGUCGCGCUCGCUGGGAUUGAGGCGGCCCCUGCGGUCUCAGAUGUCAUUGCCGCCGCUAUCUCCCAAGCCGGCUGGACUAUCGUUGUCGACAGUCAGCAAAGUGCCAAUGGUUACUUAGGGACUAACGCCAUCGACGGCAACACCUCCACGUUCUGGCACUCCGAGUACUCACCAGUACUUGUACAAUUGCCCCACAAUGCCACCAUUGAUAUGAAGACUGCCAGCCUCGUCGGCAGCAUCACUUACCUCCCAAGACAAGAUGGUCAAAGCAACGGCAGGAUUGGUGAACACAUUAUUGAGCUCAGUCCCGACGGCGUCACCUAUACAACAGUAGCCUUCGGGACAUGGAUCGAUGACGCCACCCUCAAGACGACGACCUUCACCCCCUUCACCGCUCGGUAUCUACGUAUCAUCGCCCUUUCGGAGGCCGGAAAUAGAGGGCCCUGGUCCUCCGCCGCAGAAAUCAACGUUUACACUGCCGCCGGUUCCGCGCCUCCGUCGCCUGUUGGGAAGGGCAAGUGGGUCAUGACGGUUGAUUUCCCCCUCGUGCCUGUCUCCAUAGCUCAUGAAUGGUCCACUGGUUCGCUGCUCGCUUGGUCGUCAUAUACUCCCAGCUCCUUCGGGGGCUCCCCAGGCACAACCACCUACACUGCAACCUUCAAUCCUGCUACAGAUCUUGUUACACAAGCCGUAAUCACCAACGUGGAUCAUGACAUGUUUUGCGAAGGACUGUCUUCUUAUGACCCUACGGCCAGUGAUUGGACUGCUCAAGCAGCCCUGAACAUUCCCCGCGGCUAUCAAGCCCAAGUGACUACCUCCACCGGCACACUGUUCACGAUAGGAGCAUCAUGGAGUGGAGGCCAGGGUGGCAAGAACGGCGAGCUCUACAGCACUAGUGCCAACACCUGGACCGAACUUUCUGGUUGCCCGGUUGCGCCUAUCCUCACAGCCGACGCGCAAGGCGUCUAUCGCGCUGAUAACCAUGCCUGGCUUUUCGCCUGGAGUUCCGCCUAUGUCUUCCAAGCUGGUCCCUCACAGGCCAUGAACUGGUUUCUCACCACCGGAACGGGGUCCCAAACUGGAGUUGGGACCCGAGCAUCGGAUACCGACUCCAUGUGUGGCAACGCCGUCAUGUAUGAUGCGGUUGCCGGGAAAAUCCUCACCGUUGGUGGAUCACCGGACUACCAAGAUUCCAACUCCACCGGCAACGCCCACGUCAUCACGCUCGGCACCCCGCCCGCGACUCCCACCGUUCAAACCAUCGGCUCCAUGGCCUACGCGCGUGCCUUUGCCAAUUCUGUCAUCCUCCCCGACGGCACCGUCUUUGUCACCGGUGGCCAAGUCUCGGCUGUUCCCUUCUCGGACGCCACGUCCCAGUAUAUCCCCGAACUCUUCAAUCCGGCCAGCAACACCUUCACCCAAAUGGCGCCUGCCUCCAUCCCCCGCAACUACCACUCCGUUGCGAUUCUUCUCUUCGACGGGACCGUGGGCAACGGGGGGGGCGGUCUCUGCGGCACCUGCGCCACGAAUCACUUCGACAUGCAGAUUUGGAAUCCGCCAUACCUCUACACCAGCUCCGGCGGCCUCGCCACCCGUCCCGUGAUCAACAGCAUUUCGGCGGCCAGCGUCGCCGUCGGCAAGACUUUCUCCAUCACGACCAACGUGGCAUGCUCCGCGUUCAGUAUGAUCCGCAUGACCAGUACGACGCAUACGGUCAACACGGACCAGAGGAGGAUUGCCUUGACGGCGGGGACGACGGCCGGGACCACGUACACGUUUACGGUGCCCAAGGAUCCGGGGGUGGCGGUGCCGGGGCACUGGAUGGUGUUUGCGCUGGCGGGUGGAGUCCCUGCGGUGAGCAAGCAGCUGCAGGUCACACUGACGUAG